AUGGACAGGAUUACCAAUACACAACCCCAGGCACUACCCACCUCGAGCGCCAACAUGGAUGCCACCGAGGAUCUACACGUCGAAGCCGACGAACCACCUGACGAAAGAACACCGAGUUCCAGAUGGACGCCACCAAAAUUACAUGCCUAUGGCAAAGCCGAUCCUGCUAUCUUCAACCGCAGAGAAUCGCUAUUGACACGCCAACUACAUUCAGAGACCGAGCAUACCGACGAGGAGGAUAUCUCUCGCGCACCACCUCGUACUUUAAGCACCCAGUCGACCUGGAGCAACCCAAGCACUACAUCGACCGCCGAGUUGACUAGCGACGAUGGACACAGCGUGGCAAGCCCAGCAAUCAGCCCACCUCUUCCACCAACCGCGAUGCGAGGUGCAUUGCCCAUCGUGGAAAAGCCUCUGGUUCGGGAGCCACAGAUCAUGGGACUCGAAGAGAAGGUCGCAACUCCGGAGCAGUCUGUGGAGGCUGGACUGGGUCGCAAACGAUGCAUCAGCUUCGCAUGUGGUAACAAGGACAAGAAGGCCCCAACAUCACAACCGCCUCCAAUGCCGGCCGCUCAGACCACGAAGGCUUCUGAACAACAAAACCCCGCGUCUCCACCGAAGCGGAAGUGUGCUCUCAAGUUUGUGUGCCCGACACGCAACAGUGCAGAGAACCAGUCGGCAGACAAACCAGUCUCGGUCGCGAAGCGUCCCGUCAGCCCACCCCCAACGCAGCGCAAGCCUCCACCCAAGUCUGACGCUGUCAAGGUACAUCGGGGCUCGGAUAGCACUGUAACCCACGCGUCCCCGAAGAAUACCAGGAGAAGUCCAGAAAUCACGACCACUGCUGCUACACCUGUCAUGGAGAUCAAGGCCUCCGUUUUCUCAAGGAAGAUGUCGAACGAGUCUCAUUCAAGCACAGAAGCCACCAGGUUUCACGAGUUCGCCUCUAGUGAAGACGAGCCCGAAGAAUGGGUCCAGGAGUCUACUUGUUAUAAGAGUCGCCUGACGGUCAGUGACACCCUUCAGAAGGAGAACAUCAUUCGCAAGGCUUGUCAGGAGGUCGAGGAAGAAGUGAUUGAAGAGGAAGAACUCGAAGAGGAACUUGAAGAUGAUGACGAUGAUGAUGAGAAUGGAGACGAUGACGAGGACGAAGAGUCCGAUGAAGGCUUCCGCACUGACGAUGAAGAAGGAUUCGCCGAGUCUGAUUCAGAGGGAGAGGAGAGUGAUGAGGAGUGGUGGCGACCUGGCGGUGCCUCCACUGCGGCUACAUCUGUGGAUCACCUCGAGCGGAUGACCUUCAACCGAAAGGACGAUACCGUACUCGCAUCCUCAGUGGGUUCGCUGAGCUCCGGCCAUGUCUCCAGACCAACGAGGGUCAAGACCCACCGCAAACGCCGCAAUCAUGGCGAGAGCCUUGCCAUUAGUGGUCGUGCCGAUCCUGUUGACCUGCCGGACUCCACCGACUUUGUUUGCGGAACUCUGGACGAAGAUCGGCCCAUCGAGCAGGCUUAUUUGAACACUUUGAAGGCCAAGGAGGCCGCAAAGCACAAAGCCCGACCUCAGGAUAUCGAUCCAACCUUUCCGACAUCUGAUCCCGAGAUGGACGAGGAGGACGACGAAGAUCUGGAAGAUCCCGAAGAGAGCGAAGAUGAGAACCUCAUGCAUGGCGAUAUUGAUGAGCUUGAUGGGGACUCCACAGCGAGGACAUCACGCCCGCGCACGAAGAGCAUUACCCAUCGCUCGCCACCUCCACCUGCUCGACGUCGUUCGCCGGCGCCUGCACUGCUAAAGCGUCAGUUGACCGCCCGAUCGCCACCUCCACCUAUCAGGCGCAAUACUGCUCGAUCUCCGGCGCCUCCAACUCGACGAACCACUGCCCGCUCUCCGGCGCCUGCCAAGCUGUUUGUCCAUUCUCCAAAGCGUAGCAGAUCGCCAGCUCCAAUCAUCAAGAUGACUUCGCCACCCAACACUAGGCGCGCGUCGCUGACCAACAGCGCAGUCGGCAAGACCACUCCCCACGUACUUGCCAGCAGACCACAACUCACCCACACUGCAUCACUUCCCCGCGGUGGCUUCAUGAUGGGUAAGCUCAACAGUCUUGCCAUCCAUGAUCACGAAGGUUCCGACACGGAGCGCAACGUCACCGUCGGCAAAGUGUCCAAGCGAGGCGCUAUCGACAUCUUCAAAGGACUGGAGAAGAAGCGUCAACGCCGAAAGGAGAAGAUGUACCAGAAAGCCUGCGCCAAGGCUGCCGCAAAGGGUGAAAAGGCCUACAAAGUCAAGCCUGGCAAAGGCGCAGAGCGCAUGCGCGAAGUCGGACUCCAGCUGCAGGAGUAUCACGGCAAGGGCGGACAGCACAUCCUCUCCUUGUGA